AGACACUCCUGGCACGGAAAAGAGGGUACCUUCCAGCCCAGAGAAAUCAAAGGCCCCUUUCGCCCAAAAUCCCUUCCGUCCUCCGCUAAAUGCGAAUCGGAGACAAGGUCGAGGGGAGAUUUCAAUGGAGGAGAAGACCCUGAUGGCCACCAAUAGGGGGAAAAAGAUGGCCAAGCGGGCUUCAAGGCCGAAAAAUGGCAAACCCCCCAAGCGAUAGGCCUAGGCACAUCAAGUGCCUGCAAGUGAACCUCCAUCAUGCAAAGGCGGCCUCUGACGUCUUAUGCAGGAGGUUCAAAACAGAACUCUUGGAUGUCGCAUUCAUCCAAGAACCGUGGGUUUUCGCCGGGGCUAUUAAAGGCCUAAACGACUGUGAUGAGUUGACACAACAGGACUUAGCUGCUGUAUGGACUAAAGUGCCCACUCAAAUGGGAGAACAAGAGGUCGUUCUCGCUUCAGCUUACCUCCCAGGCGACAGCUGUGAGAUGCCCACAAGGGAAGUAAUAGCCCUAGAGGAGUACUGCAGAAGGAGAAAGCUGAAACUAGUAAUGAGCUGUGACGCCAAUGCCCAUCACUGUGUUUGGGGUAGCUCGGACACCAAUUCUAGAGGUGAGUCAUUUCUUGAAUUUAUCACUAAGAACAAUUUAUUUAUUCUUAACCGGGGUAAUGAGCCGACCUUUGUCAAUGCUAUAAGAGGGGAGGUUCUAGACUUGACAAUUUCCUCAACUAGCUUGUCGACCUUUAUCUCAAACUGGCAUGUCUCAAAUGAGGUAUCUAUGUCGGACCACCGGCAUAUUCGAUUCGAUAUAGAAGCCCAAAGAGUAACAAACCAUGUUUACAGAAAUCCCAGAAAAACAAACUGGGAACUCUUUCGCCUCCACAUAGAGCGGGAAGUGAAUGGUUCUACGGCACCAAUUUCAUCCGUCUAUGAACUUGAGGACGAGGCGAGAAAGUUCCAAGAUGUUCUUAAACAAGGUUUUGAAGAGAGCUGCCCACUGAGAACCAAGAAGUCUCAAAGGGAUGUCCCUUGGUGGAGCGAUUCUCUCGGAAAACUAAGGAAAAGAGCCAGGAAACUUUUCAAUAGGGCAAAGUCAACAGGUGACUGGACCGCCUACAAGUCAGCCCUAACCGCUUACAACUGUGAGCUCAGAAGGUCUAAAAGGGCUACGUGGCGUGAGAACUGCGGAAGUUGGAUUCGGUGUUUGCGCGCAACCAGUCAGAAUCCAACCGAAUAUGGUCUCUUGGGCAAGAAACGUAUUAAGAGCAUUCUUCUGUAUGCCGCUUAA